AUGGAGACUAGCAUUGGCGCUAUAACCCGCAUUAGACGCUUUCAAAAAGAUGUCUCUUCUGAAAAUUUGCCUAGCGAGGAUCAAAUCCCUUCUUCUGCCUGGCCAUCUGAGGGCCAGGUGGUGUUUGAUGAUAUCUCUGCUGGGUAUUCAUUGAUUGAUCAGCCGAUACUACGAGAUAUUUGCCUCACUGUUGCUUCUGGAACGAGAUUAGGGAUAUGUGGACGUACAGGAAGUGGGAAAAGCUCUUUGAUCUUAGCCAUUCUUCGCAUGAUUGAGAUUCAAAAAGGGAACCUCACAAUUGACGGUGUGAAUUUGCAAACAUGUCCCCGGCACAUCGUGCGAAGCAAGGUCACAGUGAUUCCUCAAGAUCCAUUUCUGUUGUCUGAUAGAUCUGUUCGUGAUAAUCUCAGAGGAUUCAUUGCUGCCUCGGAAAACGAUGACUUGAAAAUCCUUGACGCCCUAGAUAAGGUUCAGCUACGGGAAUACAUCGAUUCAUUUGCUGAGGGUCUAGAUACCAAGAUAGAUGAUCUCUUUCUAUCAACAGGCCAGCAACAGUUAAUCUGUCUUGCCCGCGCGAUCAUCAUGAAACGCAAAAUUCUGCUCCUGGACGAAGCGACUAGCAACGUCAACCACGAAACAGAUCAACUGAUGCAGAGAUUGAUACGCACAGAAUUUUCCGGUUGCACCAUUAUUGCAGUCGCGCAUCGCUUGAAGAGUUUAAUUGAUUUUGACAUGGUGGCUGUUAUUGAUAAAGGCAGGAUAGUUGAGUGUGAUUCGCCGGCGAAGCUAUUGAGUUAUCCUCAGUCGCUUUUCCGGCAACUUUAUGAGAUGCAGACAAACCCAUCCGAUCAGGACUAA